GUGAUGACACCAGAAACUAUUUACUGCUGUUGUAGGUGAAACAGGGGAAGAAUCCUGGAAUAAGAUGACGUUUCAGUCACCUGCACUCGUGCCAUUGUCUUCUGUCCCUUUAUUCUUGAUUUUCAAUGCAAUCGUUCAUAAAUCCAACCCAGAGAAUCUGCCUAAUACAAUGACUGAUGUAAUGACAAAAGUACUUCAUAUUUUCAUGCGUUCCUCACACACUCAGGAGAAAAAAUUGAUUGAAAUAAUUCUUCACAAUUUGAUGGAAAUGUCAUUUGAAGCCACUCGAGAACAGCGAGUUAUUUUCAACAAUACCGAUCUAAAAAACGCAGGACUUACAAAAGAAAUGGUACGUGAUCUCAUCAUAGAAGUACCUGGAGGCAGCUCACUACUCAAUCAACAUCUUUUGGAAGGUGAUACUCUGAUGUUCUUCAGUCAUCAAAUCCUUCAAGAAAUGUUAGCUGCUCUGUACAUCGCCAACAUGGAUCUCGCAACUUUUCAAGCAUUCGUCACUAACGAGAUUCACAAGGAUCACUGGUCCGUUGUUCUACGGCUCCUGUGUGGAACUGUUUUCGAUCAAAAAAUUAAAGCUCAAUUCAUCAGAGAUCUUACAACUGAGACUGGACUAGAAAAGCAAAAUUGUCUCAAACAUGCACUCACAACUAAGAUAAAUCAAUGUACGAAAUCCUAUCAGAAGUUGGAGUUGUUUGGUGCGUUAUAUGAAGCCAAUGAUGCCGAGCUCAUUAGAUCCCAUGUUCAAGAAAUCAACUUCGAAAACGAGUCUUUCACUGCAGCAGGAAUGUGUGCAAUGUCAUGUGUCAUGCGACGAUGUGGUCAUCUAGAACAAGUUCGCCUCGUCAAAUGUGAGCUCAAUGCAGAAUUAUUGAAAAACUUCGAGUUCAACUUGAAAGGCUCUAUAGUGAAGGUGUCAGAAUUUGAUAUCAGCUUAAAUCCGAUGUCCGUUGAAGCUUUUGAUAUCUUUGGUUCAGUUUUAACAAACAUUGAAGUGGAAAAACUCGUUAUGCGUGGCUGCUCACUUACAGAAGAAAAGUUUCGUGUGCUUGGAAGACAUUCCCAUUUACAGAUCCACAUUCUGGAUGUUCGAAAUAUCACCAACAUGACGUUUGACUUGUAUCUUGCGAUUGUCAAGUUUGCAUCUGAACAUGAUGUCAAAGAACUUUUGAUGGAUCCGUGGGAUUGCUUCAACGCAAGCAACAAGCAGCUGUUGGAACUGAGCAAAAUGGAAAGUUUGUGGAAAGAUAUCCAUUCUGGAUGUUCGAAAUAUUACAAACAUGACGUUCGGUCUGUAUCUCGCAAUUGUCAAGUUUGCAUCUAAACAUGAUGUCAAACAACUUUUGAUGGAUCCGUGGUAUUGCUUCAAGGCAAGCAAAGAGCAGUUGCUGGAACUGAGUAAAUGGAAAGUUUGUGGAAAGAUCCGAGUUCUGGAUGUUCGAAAUAUCACAAACAUGACGUUUGACCUGUAUCUUGCAAUUGUCAAGUUUGCAUCUGAACAUGAUGUCAAAGAACUUUUGAUGAAUCCAUGGGAUUGCUUC